CUGCAGAUCGCCGCCGUCUUCGUGCUGCUCAUCGCCGCCUCGCUCGGUGCCGGUUUGCCCAACAUCCUGCGUCGCAAGCCCGAGCCGAGCGACGCGCCCACCAGCGUGCUUGGCCAGCUCUUCUUCCUGCUCAAGCACUUCGGCACGGGCAUCAUCCUCUCGACCGCCUUUGUCCACUUGCUCUUCCACGCGUUCAUCUUCAUGUCCAACGAGUGCAUCGGCACGCUCGUGUACGAGGCUGCUAGCCCUGCGAUUGCCAUGGGCGCCGUGUGGCUUGUCUUUGUCGUUGACUUCUUCGUGCUGCGCGCGCUUCGCCAGCGCGCCGCUGCCGCUGCAGCAGCGUCGCGGCCGCUGUCGCAGGGCUCGCACGACCCCGAGUCGAAGCUGCAGAGCGACAGCGAGUCUGCCUCUUCGGACGUCGCCUCGCAGGACGUCCCCACAGCCGCACAGGCCAAGCUGCGCAAGUACGACGUGCUCAUGCUCGAGGCGGGCAUCAUCUUCCACUCGAUCAUCAUUGGCGUCACGCUCGGCGCUAGCAAUGGCGAGGGCUGGGUGCCGCUCUUCAUCGCAAUCACCUUCCACCAACUCUUCGAGGGUCUCGCACUCGGCGCUCGCAUCGCGCUGCUGCCUUCGACGACCGCCGGCUGGCUGCAGAAGACGAUCAUGUGCGGAGCGUACGCCGUGACGACGCCGGUGGGCAUUGCGAUCGGCAUUGGAGCGCGUCGGUCCUUCAACACCAACGACCGGUCCACGCUCUUGGCUCUUGGCAUUCUCGACUCGAUCUCGGCCGGCAUUCUGCUGUACACUGCGCUCGUCGAGCUCAUUGCCGGCGACUUCAUCAACAAUAAGACGAUGUCGGGCGCGCCGCUGGGCCGCGCCAUUGCCGCCGUCACUGCGCUCACGCUUGGUGCUGCCGCCAUG